AUGGAGGAUGACAAAGCAACAGAGCUUGCGAUGGAUUGUGAUCCAACUAGCUAUGAAUUCAGUGGAAAGGUUAUGUUGAUCACUGUUCUUGUUCUCUUCCUGGUUCUCGCCAUCAUAGUCUGUUUCCACCUCCGUCGCUCACGCCACCUCCGCCAGGCCCACCCCUUAGCCCUCAACUCCGACCAUAAUACCAGCAGCAGCAGUAGUAGUAAAGGCCUGGAACCCUCAGCCCUCAAAUCUCUCCCCAUUUUCUACGUCUCUAAAGCUAAAGCCCACGGCCCUCCGCUAGAAUGCGCCGUGUGUUUAUCCGAGUUGGAAAACAACGAGACGGUUCGGGUCUUACCCAAAUGCAACCACUGCUUUCACAUAGACUGCAUAGACAUGUGGUUUCAAUCUCACUCUAGCUGCCCACUCUGCAGAGCCCCGGUUCAACCAGUUUCACUGAUCGCCAUCACACUCCACAUGUAA